AUUCUGUGGUGCAUGUGGAGGAACAUGAAAUGUUUCUGUAGGACCACCAGUGUUCAAAGAUCCUGAAAGCUGGCAAUACUUCUCUACUUCGGUCUGGAAAUACCUCUACAGUGAAGCCUACCAACCAGCCCAUGUAAAGGAUGAGAGGAGAGAAGCUGUUAUUGCCCAUGAUAUUAAUGUCUUUACAGACAUUAUAUGGACAGCACUUGGCAGAGGAGUCCUGCACUGUUCAGAUCCUGGUUCCUGGACUCAAAGGAGAACCAGGAGAGAAAGGACAAAAAGGAGCACCAGGGAGACCAGGAAGAGUUGGCCCUCCUGGAGAGAUUGGUCAACCUGGGCUGAAAGGUCAGAAAGGCAUAAUGGGACGUUAUGGAAAAGUGGGCCCAAGUGGGAUGAAAGGGGUAAAAGGAGACAUGGGGGAUCCAGGUCCGAGGGGCCCUAAUGGAGAUCCAGGUGUUCCAUGUGAAUGCAUGCCAAUGAGAAAGAUGAUCGGAGAAAUGGACAUUCUUGUGGCCCAGCUCUCCUCUGAGCUGAAAUUCAUAAAAAAUGCACUGCCCUCCCCUGCAGCUGUUGCUGGCAUAAAAGAGACAGACAGUAAGGUCUAUCUGUUGGUGAAGGAGGAGAAGCGCUACUCCGACGCAGAGGUCUACUGUCAGACGAGGGGAGGGCACCUGGCCAUGCCCAAGGAUGAGGGAGCCAACGCGGCCAUCGCAGAGUACAUAACCGAAGCGGGCCUGAACAGAGUCUACAUUGGCAUUAAUGACCUGCACCGUGAGGGCGUUUUCACCUACGUGGAUCUCUCUCCCAUGACCACUUUCAGCAAGUGGAGAAAAGGAGAGCCCAACAAUGCCUACGAUGAUGAGGACUGUGCUGAGAUGAUGGCCACUGGGGAGUGGACGGAUGUGGCGUGUCACCCCACCAUGUAUUUUGUUUGUGAAUUUGACAAGGACAGUGUCUAGGUUCAGCCUAUGUUAGUCCUCCUCCACUCAAAAAUAUGUUUUUCUUCUUGUUCCUACAGUUGGAUGUUUGAGCUUCACUGUGCAUGAUGUAUGUGCAGAGUUUGAUACUACAAGGGUGUUUUCACAGUCAUCUGCUGGAAGUGGAAAGUUUCUCUGUGCUCAUCGAAUAUCUGAUUUUUAAGGGGCGGGGCCUGAAAGCCUGAUUUGUUACAUCACAAAUCACCUGGAAGUUAGUCCUGGUCCAAUUUUAAACUUAUACAAGUGUAAGAAACUUGAAGCACAAACACUGUGAAUGGACUUUACAGUGAAGUAGGAGACAUCUUGUGUCCAGCAGGAAAUCUUUAGAAAUUAACACAAUUUGCAUAUUCAUAAAUUCAGGAAUUUUUUAUAAGGUAGAAGGAGUAGAUGCCCUUUUAAGGAUUUCAGUGUGAAAAUUAGACUUUUUUUUAUGUGAAAAAGACAUUACAGACACAUAUUAUUGUUCCAAGCAGACUAUUUGUAUGUGGCUUAAUACAUGUCUGGAGGGGAUCUUUAAAGAAAGGAUAAAUAUAAUGGAACAAAAGUCAGAUAUAUUGUUUGUGUUAUAUCUUCUAUCUGUAAAUAGGAUGACAAAAUAACAUGCAAGUUGUGCAAACUAUUUUCCACUUUCUCUUUUUCUUGUAAGCUCAUAAGCUAUUUAUUUUCUUAUCUCACAAAAAAUCCCAGAGUUUUUGUUCUUUUGUGAGAUUUUUACUUUUUUUAACUACACCCUUUGUCUCAUACUCAGUGGUUCAUUAGCAUUUCAAACAGCAUGCCGGGCAAUAUAUUGAGUUUUUAUGUUAUGCAAACUAUCCACUGAACAAUAUUUGUAAACAGUGCCAUCAACAAACAAGACAAAUAAGCAAAUGUAGAAGGCUGUUUGUGCAUAAAAUAUGAAAUUAAAGAGAGAUUUUGGUUCCA